UCUCCGCCCCAUCCCGCCUCCAGCCGGUCCCCGAGCGCUCCGAUCUCCAACCCGGCACCCGGGAGUGACUCAGCGCGCGGAGGGCGGCGGCUCACCGGGCUGCGGAUUCGAACCGGCCGAGGGCCUUGAGUGCCGGGACGAGUGCCGUGCCCAGUGUCUCCGGAGCUGGACCCCAGCAGUGCCGGAGCGUGGGGCCGGGCAGAGGACGCCAGGAUGCCGGGCGAGCAGCAGGCGGAGGAGGAGGAGGAGGAGGAGGAGGAGGAGGAGAUGCAGGAGGAGAUGGUGCUGCUGGUGAAGGGUGAGGAAGAAGAGGGCGAGCAGAAGUACGAGGUGGUGAAGCUCAAGAUCCCCGUGGACACCAAGGAGGUCCCGGGCGAGACGCCGGCGCCGGCGCCGUCGGCCGACCCCGCGCGCCCCCACGCGUGCCCCGACUGCGGCCGCGCCUUCGCGCGCCGCUCCACGCUGUCCAAGCACGCGCGCACGCACACGGGCGAGCGGCCCUUCGCGUGCACGGAGUGCGGCCGGCGCUUCUCGCAGAAGUCGGCGCUGACCAAGCACGGCCGCACGCACACGGGCGAGCGGCCCUAUGAGUGCCCCGAGUGCGACAAACGCUUCUCCGCCGCCUCGAACCUCCGGCAGCACCGACGGCGUCACACGGGCGAGAAGCCGUACGCGUGCGCGCACUGUGGCCGGCGCUUCGCGCAAAGCUCCAACUACGCGCAGCACCUGCGCGUGCACACGGGCGAGAAGCCGUACGCGUGCCCGGACUGCGGCCGCGCUUUCGGCGGAAGCUCGUGCCUGGCGCGCCACCGACGCACGCACACGGGCGAGCGGCCGUACGCGUGCGCCGACUGUGGCACGCGCUUCGCGCAGAGCUCAGCGCUGGCCAAGCACCGACGCGUGCACACCGGCGAGAAGCCGCACCGCUGCGCGGUGUGCGGCCGGCGCUUCGGCCACCGCUCCAACCUGGCGGAGCACGCGCGCACGCACACAGGCGAGCGACCCUACCCCUGUCCGGAGUGUGGCCGCUGCUUCCGCCUCAGCUCGCACUUCAUCCGCCACCGCCGCGCGCACCUGCGGCGCCGCCUCUACAUCUGCGCCGGCUGCGGCCGGGACUUCAAGCUGCCCGCGGGUGCCACGGCCACCGAGCGCUGCCCAGAGUGCGAAGGCAGCUGAGCCGCGGCGGGACGGGGAGGCCGGAGAGGGGCGCAUCGGGGUCAGCCUGGUUGCGACAACCGGAUGGCUCCUCUCCCGCCCCCCCCUCCACCUGGGCUGGGAACCGGUGGGCCGGGGACCGAAAGUGGCCUCCUGGGGUCCCUGGAAACCGUGCCCACCCCCUCGCUACCCCACUUUGGCCUGUGUUAGUGAAUAAAGUACUACCCUCUCCCCA